AGCAGCUGUUUGUAAUCUUCGAGCAGCAGAAGAGCAGACCAGCGCUGUUAGCUGAAGCUGCCAUUUUGUAGAAGUUUUUCAUUGAAAAAUGGAUUUUCAUCCGAAGUUUACAAUAGGUGCUUUUAGUUUAGUAGUUUUAGUGAUAUUCACGAGAUCGUCUGCCUAUGGAGGCAAUAUCUUAUACGAGGGCAAUGCGACUGUCGAUGAAGGUGAACCGUUUACAAUAAGUUGUUUCCUCACAUUGUUUGAUCCCGUUCAGUGGGAAAAAGAUGGAAAGGUGAUUGUCUCUGAGCCAGGCCCGACAAGUGCCUAUACCUUUCAUGAGGAAAGUGUUGAUGGGAAAGUGAUGGCUAGCCUUGUGGUCAAGAAAGCUUCACCCCAACAUUCUGGAUCAUACAGAUGUAAUACGCUGAGUACUGAGAGCCAUCAAAUUUAUGUGAUCAGUGCAGCAUCUGAACUAACUCCAAAUAGAGACUAUGAUGGGUACAAAGUUUUAAAUUAUGCUGAGCCACUGGUGCUUACAUGCAAUGAAUCAAAUCCCUCUCCUGAUUUCGUCAUGAAAUGGUUAAAAAAUGGCAAGCCUAUACAUACAAGUGAGGGUGAAAGACCUAAUAUUGUAAUAAAAAAUACCUCACUAACAAUCAAUCGGGCUAUGGAUGAUGAUGUAGCUAAUUAUACCUGCCAGUUAGUGAAUGUUAAAGCCAACAAUUCAGUUGUUGCAAGUGCAGACUUUUGGGUUGUUGGCAAGCCAUUUGUGAAAAUACAAGAAACUGUGACUGUCAUAGAGGAGGAGAAACUGAAGCUGGAGUGCAUCGUGCUAGGGAAGCCAGCUCCUACCGUCGAGUGGAGAGUCGGGAACCGAACCUACGACCAAAGCGAUGGCAGGGUGAAGCUAUCCACAGAUCCCAACAAAGGCAUUAAGAACAACAUCCUGGAGUUAGAACCUGUGCAAAUGAGUGAUCGUGGAGAGAUCGUUUGCUCUGGUCACAACGUGGCCACAACCAUUUUUGAUCCCAAUGAGGCUAAGGUCUUUGUCAGAGUUAAAGACAAGUAUGCCGCUCUCUGGCCUUUCCUGGGAAUCUGUGCCGAGGUGAUUGUUCUUUGCGCCGUUAUCUUCAUUUACGAGAAGAAGCGAAACAAAGCUGAGCUUGAGGAGAGUGACACCGACCAGAGCCCUGAACAGAAAAACACACCUGACCACGGAAAGGACUCUGUCCGGCACAGAAAGUAAGAAGCACACCACCACUUGUAUCACGCGGACAAGCUUUCAUCACCUCAUGUAUGUGCGAGUGCCUGUUGUGCUACGAGCGUUCAGUUAUUUGUCUAAUAUAUGUUAUCAAAUCGGAACUAGACAUUCUCAUUCACAAUCAUUCAUUUUAAUUGAAAAACAUUAUCUGAGUGUAUGAUAAAUCGUGUUACCCACGUGCUGCUGUGUGAGGUAAUGUAGAAGUAUUGUUGAUCCUUAUUACAAUUUAUUUUUGUAUCCAGUCUUAUCGUCGGCGACUUCAAAAAUUUAUUUGCCACUAGGAUUGUUGACGGUUUCAACUAUUUAUUGUUAAAGAAGUUCGGACGAAUCGUAUCUUUAAUUUUUUAAACCGAAUUGUAUGUUAAAUGUGGUUUUCUUUGUAGCCUAAAUUUAAUUCUAAGCUUUAAUACCAAACUGUACAGUUACUGUUUUUACAGAUCAUAUUACCUACUCCCUUUUCCCCUCUGUUCGUCUCUAGAGUUGGUAGCUCACACACUUUGUAUGUAGCCGCUUCAAGUGAUGUGUAUAUACAGCAAUAGACAGAGAGCACUUUAAACAACUAUUUACGAUGCCUUGUUUGUAUUUGUAUCUUUCGGACCAAUUCCCCGACACCAUUCCCAACAGCAUGAAGUGAGUUGGUAUUCACAUUCUUUCUGAGCAUAGAAACUUGUUUUAUAUUUUUGUUAUUAUUUAUAUAAUUUAUUUUAUUUUAAUAUUGUGGUUUAUUGAACAUUAUAUUUUUUAACUUUUGGUCACAAUGUUUUAUUGCAUAGUUUUUAAAAUCUACAUCGAAAACAAAAAUAUUAGUUUAUGUUUGUUGGAUCACUAGCUGUUAACUUUUAGUCGAAAUAUUAGAUUUCAUAUAUUACAUUUUACCAUCAGUACAAAAAUGUUUACCUUAUUUGACUUUUUAUUGUGUCUAAAGUCUUCCUGAUGGUAUAGCAGAAAGUGUAAUCCUUUGUACAAUUAUCUAUGCUAGAAAUAACUACCAAAAUACAUUUCCUAUUACUAACACAAAAUUAAUUUAUUAUAUUUUGUGUAGGUUUAAGAUAUAUUAUUUGGGAUAGAAAUAACUGAAGCCUUGUUCAACCAGGCACAAACUAUUAAAUAUUAAACAGCCUAGUUCACAAUUUUAAUGUGAAAGUCUAGUAUAUAUGUAUGUGGACACUUUGCAAUUAUUAAGAAACAAAUGACGUGUGUACAGGUACCUUUUAAUUUGAAUAGAUUCAAACCUUUGGUAUUAUAAAAUCUACGUGUUUAUAUAAUAUUAAGUUUAUAGAUAAAAGACUAGAGUGAAUAAAAGAAUCAUAAAGCUUUUCGGGUUUUCAUGUGAUUAAUAAUAAUGUGGGGUAAAUUAUAACUCAUACGUUAUUUCUCUAACAAAACAUACGUGAAUUCACUGAUUUGAUUCUUUCUCUGUACAAUUUGAAACAAUGAAAAUGAAAGAGGUUCUUUGUGCUUUUUAAAAUCAUUUGUUUAAAAUCUUACCAUAUUUUAAAUUUUACAGUUUUACUAACCUUGCCAUUGCUCCUGGUGUAAAAAGUCCUGUUGUAUGUGACAUUCACAUAUGUAAUAAUGUAACAUCAUAAUGAUGUUCUGGACCUCUUGAUGUUCAUUGUUGUCCCACAUCAUAGUUUACUUUCAUCUGCUCGAAUCCAAGCAAGGUUUCGUAUUUGUUAUUGUUAUUGCCUUAGGGUUAUAGUAUUGUUAAAGUUUAUACAAAAUCUUACAUACGGGAUGUUAUUUCUGUACACAUUGUAUCAUGUCUUUUUUUAAUUGUGUUAUUAUAAGUACAUUGUACUUAAAAGUAAUAUAAAUAUCAAUUUAUUCAAGCUAUGUAGAUAAUGUAUACUGUGUGACCUAACAUUAUAAAUAAAUUACCUAUUAAAGUUAGUUACCA